AUGGCGAAUGCUGCUACAAUACCCGAUCCUCCUUUGUCUCCGAACAAUCCAUCAAAUCCAACGAUAUGUGAAAAUGAAGUCGAAUGUACUAAACCAGCACUUGUAACAUGUCAUCAUUGCCCAAAACGUUUAUGUCUGAAGCAUGUUAUUGAGCAUAAUGAAAUAAAUAUUGUUCGAACAUAUGCAUUAUCUGAUGAAAUAAAUUCUUUAACACAUUUACUUUCAAAACUUGAUUGUAAACAAUCUGUUGAAAAAGCUCGAAAAAAACUUGAUACAUGGAAAGAAAAUAUUCUUGUUGAUAUUGAAAAUACAUAUAAACAUUAUUCAAAUGAGAUAGAUGAAUUACAAAAUGAAUUAACAAAUCGUGUAGAUAUUUUUAAAGAAGGUCAAAAAUCUAAAAUGUCAAUUUUACAAACACAAUUAGCAGCGUUACAAAAAGUUGGAGAAAUAUCUCAACAACAAUUAUCACCAAUUGAACAUGAUUUAAAUCAACUUCGACAAUGUCUUGAAUCAGUUCGAUGUGAAAUAUGUAUUGAAACAAAAGAUAUUUCUUGUAAUGAUCUGAUUAAUGCACAUAAUAUAUUUUCAUAUAAUCGUAUUUUACCAAAUAAUACUGUUAUGCAAUCAUAUCGAACAAUAUCUGUUGAAAAUUAUAAAAAAUUUGUAUCAAGUAAACAAAAUGAAUCUAUUCUAUGGUUAGAUAAUCGACGACAAUUACAUUAUAUUGAUAAAAAAUUUAAUGAUAAUUUAUUAACAUUACCACCUAUUAUGUGUAAUCCGUCAACAGCAACUUCUACUCUAUUACCAUAUCAUCAAACCGGAAUAAAGGAUGUUGAUAUAGUAGAUUUAAAAUGGUGUCCAUCAACUGAAAUAUUUUUUAUUCUUUUUCAACGACAUUUAUUUUCAUUUGAACCGAAAACCAAUAAGUGUACACAAAUUUAUAUGACUCGACAUAAAGAUUAUCCGUAA